GUCCGACCCAAUCUUGAGCUUGAAAUUUCUUCCAACCCAACCACAGGUGAGCCUUCCCUUGGAACCUCGCCGUCAUUAACUCAAGAAUGUUCUACUUUACUUGCUCCCCCAUACCUCUUGUACCCACAUUCAAACGGCCGAAGCUAAUAUAUCGACAUUUAGCACACUCAAUACAAUGAGCACCAUAUUGGGCCAAAGGCCGCGAGAUCCCCAUACCCCUCCGCCUGUCUACAUAAGCCCGACAACACCUGUUCUUGCAGUGGAAGACAGUGACAAGCGAGUUCUUCGGGAACAGCUAGAGACCAUCGAGGCCCAGGACUUGGAUCGACUGGAGGAUGACCUGAAAAGCCUCUCGGGUCUAUUCAACCAGAGUCUCCAGACCAUCGUAAAGAACAAUCCGUCGGACGCUGCCGGUGCCCGGCUUCCAUCCAUAAGCCAUACUGAUCCCUUUCUCGGAAAGAAAAUCACAACCCCCACCCGCCCGACCAAUACCGUUGUCACUCCCAUCCGGCCGACGCGAGAUUACUACCCGCCUCCGUUGCCUGUCCUCUUUAACAUUGCCGCCCCGUAUACUGCCGCCCCGCCGGCCCCGUAUUUCCAUCCCGGCCCUCCGAUGCCUCACCAACCGGCGAUGGGGCCGUUCGCUUUCCCGCCCGCCGUCACCGCCGCUCCCCAACCCGCCGCGUAUCCCCCAAGGCCACCCCCUGCAUACCCCCAAAGAUACCCUCCGCAGAACCCGAGCGGUCAGGCACCGCAGCCAAGCGUGAGACCCCGAGGGCGAGGUCAGCGGCCGAACGGCCUGCCCAUCGCGAAUUCGUCCUUCGGUUCUUCCCACGCCGGGGCCCAGGGCCACAGCAAUGGCGGCAGCAGCCACCCGUACGGCGGCCGUGCCAACGGGAGCACCCCAUAUAACCACCCCGCCGGCGGCUAUCAACAAAGGGCGCCGAGGCCGCCCCAUGCCGGUUCCCGUCCGCCUCUACCGGUGGCCCAGCGACCCCACGCCGGCUCCCGCCCACCGCUUCCAGUGCCGGGAGAGGCCCGCGCCGGCCAGCGCUUCCUCGCGCCGGUCUUUCAACCCGGCGCAUCCUUCCAUCCCACUGCUACCGGCACCGGCGCCGGUGCCAAUGCCAGCCGGCCGGGCCUCGGCGCUCCGGGUGUCGGCCGCCCAGUUCCCAGCGGUCCAAGCAUGAACGGACAAGAUCCAUAUGCCUUUGGUCCGGGGCUCGGCCCCCAGGGUUACGGGAUGCCGGGUCCGAUGCCUGGGUAUCCGCCGAGCUAUGCACCAAACAACCCGUCGAACUAUAUACCAAACCCUGCACAACCUUACCCGCCGACCCAUGGGCUGCCCUACCCACCACGCUACCAACCAAGCUACCAACCAAGCUACCAACCAAGCUGGCCCCCAAGCUACGUACGGCCGGGCUAUCCAAGCUACGCACCACCAAGCUACGCCCCGGCCCCGCCCCCCGCCCCCGCCCCGAUCAUCCUAGGCCCCCUCCCCGGCCGUCCCGGCGCGCUGGUCUGGUACAACAUGGUGCAGGGCCAGAAGGGCCCCGCGUGGGUGGCGCUGCCGCGCAAGGGGCGGCGGACCUUUACGCCGAAGCCGGUGGGCAAUUCGGCUAGGGCGAUGAGGGCGCGUGGGUCGCCUUUGCCGAGGAGGAGGAGAUGGGCUGUUGCGGGUGCGGGUGCGGGUGCGGGUGCGGCUGCUUGA